GCUUCUCUCGGACCUCUUUUGUCGUGCAUUAUCUGCCCUUCGUCUGCGCGUGCGAGUAUAAUAGACGGUGCACGCACGAGGAGAUCGGCACACUGGGACGUAUCAUCGGAUCAUCGGCUGUGCGACGAUAACUGGGUCAACAGGUCGGCUGUGCUCUUUGGAGAGGAAGGGUAUACCGGAGAUCUAUAUUUAGAACCGUGUUGGAUCCUUGCACCCCAUAGGCAGUACUGGCAGUAUAUUGGACCGAGAACUCGACGAUUUGUCCGAUUUUGAGUAUACCCAUCGCAACCAGUUUCAUCUGGCGCUCGUCUCCCGAUAGGCGCGAGCAACAAUCGCACGUGCGCCCGAGGACACCUCCGGCUGAUGCACCAGUAGUCCACGGGAGCCUGCACUACACCCGCGUUGUACCAAGCCUCUGGAUAACGAGCCAUGAAGUCGACGCUCGGAGCUCCCGCAGUUGGCGCCCUCGUGAUCAUCCUGGUGCUGGACGCUAUCGUGGCGGCUAGCCCCUGGGCUCCGCCCGAAACACCGCCGCACGUACAAAUCGAAGACACGUCCUACUGGAUGAAAUCGGGACAGGAAAAUCUCCGUCGGGUCCUGACGAUGCAGAACAACGUGAAGCGCGCGAGGAACGUGAUAAUCUUCAUCGGAGACGGCAUGGGCCCGUCGACGGUCACCUCCGGUCGGAUAUUCAAGGGCCAGCGAAAGGGUAAAUCCGGCGAGGAGUACAAGCUCUUUUUCGAGCAAUUCCCCAGCACCGGAUUCUCGAAAACUUACAACGUGGACAAACAGGUGCCGGACUCGGCGGGUACGGCCACGGCCAUAUUUUCGGGAGUCAAGGCCCAAUAUCGCAUGCUCGGCCUCAAUCACGGGGCCAAGUACAACGUUUGCGACAAAAAGGUCAACGAGGAGAGCUACCUGACAACCAUAGCCAGUUGGGCCCAGGAGAGCGGUAUGGACACAGGCUUCGUGACAACGACACGAGUCACGCACGCAACCCCAGGUGCCCUGUACGCCCACACGAACAACCGAGACUGGGAAUGCGACAGUCAAAUACCAAGCCGGUAUCGAGACGUCUGUAUCAAGGAUAUAGCUCGCCAGCUGGUCGAGGACGCACCCGGAAACAAGUUCAAGGUAAUAAUGGGUGGAGGGGCUGGUGCGAUGGGCAUGAGGUUGAAGAGCGCGCCGUUCGACAGUGACGGUUGCCAUCGUCAGGACGGCCGGCAGCUGGACAGAACUUGGCUGGAGGCCAAUCCUAAAGCUAAGAUCGUGACCACGACUCAGGAACUGCUGUCUGUCAACGUAACCGCCACCGACAAACUCAUGGGCAUCUUUGCCGAUAGCCACUUGCCGUACGCGGCAGUCAAAAACGACUCGGUUCCCACAUUAGCCAACAUGACGGUCCAGGCCAUCAAAAUGUUGCGAAAAAACAGGAACGGCUUCUUCCUCCUGGUCGAAGGUGGAAAAAUCGACCUCGCUCACCACCAAAACUACGCUCAGCUGGCCCUGCACGAGGUCAUGGAGCUCGACGAUGCGGUGACGGCAGCCGCGCAUAGCGUCGACAUCGACGAGACCCUGAUCAUCGUGACGGCCGAUCACUCGCACGCCUUCACGAUGAACGGCUACCCCAAACGGGGCAACAACAUCCUCGGCUUGACCACGGCUAACGAAAACCCGCAGACCUUCGAGACGCUCAGCUAUGCCAAUGGGCCGGGAUACUAUUACCAUCGCAUCAACGAGACCUUUGUCAACCAAACCUGGAGGAACCUCGAGGAAGACGAGACUAAGAAAACGAAUCCGUACUACAGGCACUUUGCCGCCAGGUACCUCAAGGACGAGACCCACGGUGGUGAAGACGUCGGGGUCUACGCUAUUGGACCGUAUUCCCACCUGUUCCGCAGUACUUUUGAACAGAACUACAUAGCUCACGUGGUGGCUUACGCGGCCUGUUUCAAGGACUGGCCAUCUCACUGCGAUCAGUCGUACGUACGCUACUACUACGACACCAAAAAAUACGGAACCAGUUCAGCCUCGGCCCUUGUGCCGACUUUCCUGAUACUCGCGCUUGUUAUAAGUCACAUCAUGAAAUAUAUUUAAUGAGAGUGUCUCUGCGUCCUAGAUACUACUCCCUGUAGUGCUGCACGGGAUUGUGGUAUUGUGUAUAGUAAAUCGUUUGUUAGGAAUUUUAUUUUAUGUAGUAUGCGUCUUGUCUGCGAGAGAGAGAAAGAGAGAGAUGAGUGAACAGUCAUGCCUGUGCCGUUGUAUCCGUGAAUUUUUUGGAUACUGUUGUUGUACCAGAUUUAUCAAGUUUUUCGUAGAUUUCGUCACGAAUACUCAAAUUGUCACCAGAAAAGUGUAAAAUUAAAAAAAUACUUGGGAGGAUUAUUUUUAAGAUAAUCUGCUCAAAAUGUAACACUUGUAGCGUCAGCGUACUAUGUUGUAAUAAGUUUUAGUUUGAUGAUUCCUUUUUGUCGUGCAUUUAAGAAACCGCUAUCACAUAUUUUUUUCUGAAUGAAAUUUCAUACAGCAAGACAACUUUUUUUGUAAAGCAUCCUUCAUCAUGAAAGUGUUUAUUCAUUAGAAAGUUUUCAUUGUAAAAUAGUGACAAAGUUUAAUAUUUUAGCCAAUUUGUUGUAAACUAUCACGAAAAAUCACGAAUGCGUAUUAUUCGUCUUGUACGUCGUAUUUGUAAAAUGUUAGUCAUUUUAAUUAAUUUUAUGUGAUUUUUGUGAUGGCGUAGUAGUCAUAUUUUAAUAGCAUGUACAUAACUGCAUUCCGAAAUGCCUGUUGCGCUAUAUAUUUUGUAUACUUUCAAUUAUACAAGUAAUCUAGCAAAUUAGGAUUAAUUUUAAGUGUCGAAUUUUACUAUCCACACAACGAAUUGAACAGAUUAUAAUUUAUUAAUGUAUAAAUUUUUCGUUUAUGCGUAAAAAUACUAUUUUUCAGCUGCAGCUGUGACUCGAUGUUGAUGUACCAUAUAUAAGUAUGAGGCGAUGGCAGAUUUCCCUGUAAAUUUUCCUGUACCUUAAACAGUAUUUUCCUAUUCAUGUAUAAGAUGUUUAUAUAUGAUUCACGAAUCAUUGAUACAAUCGAGAGUCAAUUUUUUUAAUAUAGCAAACUUGUUAGGCUUUCAGCUUUUCUGAAAAGCAGAUACAUUCCAAAAAUAAUUAUACAUAAUUUGUAAAUAAAGUUAUAUUUUAAACAAAUA